GCCAACCAACAACCUGGAGCUCCGGAGCUCGCCGUGGCUGCAGCUCGCUGACUCACUGUCACUGUCACUCACGGGCGACGCGGGCUGAGCUACGGCAUGGCGGGGGCGGUGCUCGCGCUGCUGCUGCCGCUGCUCGCGGCGAUGGCGGCCUCGGCGCAAGACGACGCGGCGGCGGCGUCGGCGAGGGGCUGCGCGGGCGAGGCGUUCUCGGCGAACAGGGCGUACGCGGCGUGCAGCGACCUGCCGCGGCUCGGCGCGUCGGUGCACUGGACGUACGACGGCGCGGCCGGGGAGCUGUCCGUCGCGUUCGUGGCGGCGCCCGCGGCGCCGGGAGGGUGGGUGGCGUGGGGGCUCAACCCGUCCGGCGACGGGAUGGCCGGGGCGCAGGCGCUCGUCGCCGUGCCGUCGUCGUCGUCGUCGUCUCCGGGCGUGUGGGACGUCCGGACGUACAACAUCUCCGGGUACGCGCUGGGCGAGCCGGGGCCGAUCGCGUUCCCGGCGUUGGACCUCGCCGCCGAGCUCGGCAGCGACGGCCGCGUCAGGGUGUUCGGCAGGCUGAGCCUGGCCGCCCUCGGCGGCGCGGGCGUGCUGAACCAGGUGUGGCAGGUCGGGCCCGCCGUCACCGACGGCGUCCCCGCGCCGCACGCCAUGGCCGGCGACAACCUCGCCGCCAAGGCGAAGCUGGACCUACUAACACAAACCACCACCGCCGUCUCCUCCGACGACGGCGGCGACAGCAUCGCCAAGAAACGCAACAUCCAUGGAGUCCUCAACGCCGUGAGCUGGGGCAUCCUGCUGCCCAUGGGAGCGAUCUUUGCAAGGUACCUCAAGACCUUCAGAUCGGCAGACCCUGCGUGGUUCUACCUCCAUGUCACCUGCCAGCUGAUCGGCUACGGCGUCGGCGUCUCCGGCUGGGCCACCGGCAUCAACCUCGGCAACCUGUCCAAUGGCAUCACCUACACACUCCACCGCAACAUCGGCAUCACUGUCUUUGCUCUUGCCACCUUACAAAUUUUUGCGCUGUUCUUGAGGCCGAAGAAGGAGCACAAGUACAGGGUCUACUGGAACCUGUACCACCACACCGUCGGCUACGCCGUGAUCAUACUGGGGAUCACCAACAUCUUCAAAGGGAUGGCCAUCCUCGGCGUCGAGCAGCGGUGGAGGACGGCGUACGUCGCCGCCCUCUGCGUGCUCGGCUUCGCCGCGGUGAUCCUGGAGGCCGUCGCGUGGGGCGUGGUGGCGAAGAGCCGCAGGGCGGAGAGCAAGACCUUUGGCGACGCCUCCAAUGGCCACCACCUGCCGCGCUCUGUGUGACUGAAUUCUUUUGAGGUUUCUUUGAUUUAGUGCUUUGGUUUUGUGUGUGUGUGUGUGUGUGUUUGUGUUUGGGUGUGUGUGUGUUUGUGAUGUGUACUGUAGCAGAUCAUAGGUUUUCAGGGAUUGUCAGUUUUUUUUUCGGCCUGCGUAUUUUUGUACCAUGAACAAUAUGGAUAUGUGGCAUUAGGUUGAUGAUUGAGUUGUAGUGAGUAGUGACAGUGAGUA